CUCCUCCUCCCCCGGGGGUAAAGGGCAGGCAGUUUGGGUCUGGACGUCGGGAGCUUGCGGUCUUCAGCCAUGGCUGGGCCUGAAUGGAAGUCGCUGGAGCAGUGCUUGGAGAAGCACCUGCCGCCCACAGACCUGCUGGAGGUGAAACGCCUUCUUUAUGGCAAGGAGACCAGGAAACUCGACCUGCCCAGCAGGGCUUUUGAGUUGGCCUCUGAAGGGGACUUUGAGCUGCAGGGAUAUGCCUUCGAGGCAGCAGAAGAGCAGCUGAGGGGACCUCGGACAGUGCGUGUGGGGCUUGUUCAGAACAAAAUCCCCCUGCCCGCGGAUGCCCCUGUGGCCAAACAGGUCUCUGCCCUUCACAGACGUAUAGAAGCCAUUGUAGAGGUGGCUGCAAUGUGUGGAGUCAAUAUUAUCUGUUUCCAGGAAGCGUGGACUAUGCCUUUUGCUUUCUGUACGAGAGAGAAGCUUCCUUGGACAGAAUUUGCUGAGUCAGCAGAGGAUGGGCCCACCACCAGGUUCUGUCAGAAGCUGGCAAAGAAGCAUGACAUGGUAGUGGUAUCCCCCAUCCUGGAACGAGAUGGAGAGCACGGGGACGUUCUGUGGAACACAGCUGUAGUGAUCUCCAAUUCUGGAAAGGUCCUGGGCAAGACCAGGAAAAACCACAUCCCCAGAGUGGGUGAUUUCAACGAGUCUACUUACUACAUGGAAGGAAACCUGGGCCACCCUGUGUUCCAGACGCAGUUCGGGAGGAUCGCAGUGAACAUUUGCUACGGGCGGCACCACCCCCUCAACUGGUUCAUGUACAGCGUCAAUGGGGCUGAGAUCAUCUUCAACCCCUCAGCCACCAUUGGAACACUCAGUGAGUCCAUGUGGCCCGUCGAGGCCAGGAACGCAGCCAUUGCCAAUCACUGCUUCACCUGCGCCAUCAACCGUGUGGGCAAGGAGUACUUCCCGAAUGAGUUUACCUCUGGAGAUGGGAAGAAAGCUCACAAGGACUUCGGCUACUUUUAUGGCUCAAGCUACGUGGCAGCCCCAGACAGCAGCCGCACUCCCGGGCUCUCCCGAGACCAGGACGGGUUGCUGGUUGCUGAGCUCAACCUCAACCUCUGCCGGCAGGUGAAUGAUGUCUGGAACUUCAAGAUGACAGGCAGAUAUGACAUGUAUGCACGGGAGCUUGCGGAAGCUGUCAAACCCAACUACAGCCCCAAUAUCGUGAAGGAAUAGCUGGCCUUCAGCCCCUGCC